ACUGUCCAUUGUAGUGUCCUUGAACAAGUCCUUUAUAAGCCCAAAAGCACUUUAUAUUUUCUUCAUUAUCAUCAUCUUCCACUUCCCUUUGAAAGGAUAUACAAAAAAAAUUGAUUGAUUGUUAUGUGUUUACCUGAAGAGGAAAGAGAUAGAGUGAAAGAUAUGGCACUUGAAGCAGUGGUUUAUCCACAAACACAAGACCCUUUUGGUUUUGGAAUCAACAAAGAUUUUUACAACUUCAACAACCUUGUUGCAAAAGAACAAGAACAUCAACAUGAACAUCAACAAGAACAAGAACAAAGAUCUUUCUGUUUUGUAGAAAACCAAACAGAGAAAAACAAUUAUCCUUAUUAUGGAGAUUGGAAUAACAAUACUUUUUCACCACCCCAUUUCAAUGAACUUCAAGAAACUACUACUGAUCCAAGUAGUAACAACACUCAAAACUUCGAUACCUCGCCUUCCAUUAACACAUUUGUUCGUCCAAAAAGGCGCAGAGCAAGAAGCCGAAAAAACAAAGAAGAAAUUGAGAGUCAGAGAAUGACUCACAUUACUGUUGAGCGCAAUAGGAGAAAACAGAUGAAUGAGUAUCUUGCUGUUCUUCGUUCUCUCAUGCCAGAAUCUUACAUCCAAAGGGGUGAUCAAGCUUCUAUAAUUGGAGGUGCUAUUAACUUUGUUAAAGAGCUUGAACACAAGUCUCAUUUGCUUGGUGCUAAGAAAGAAGAAGAGGUGAAAUCUGAUGAUGUUGGUGGAUCAAACAAACCAUUUUCUGAGUUCUUUACAUUUCCACAGUAUUCAACAAGUAAUAGUGGUGUGUGUGGUAGUAGUUCUAAUUCUGCAGCAACUAUUGGUGAAAAAGUUGGUGAGAUUCAAUCUUGCAUUGCUGACAUAGAAGUGACAAUGGUUGAAAGCCAUGCAAAUAUCAAAAUAAGAUCAAAAAAGAGACCAAAACAGCUCUUGAAAAUUGUAUCUAGUUUGCAUAACAUGCAUCUCACAAUCUUGCAUCUAAAUGUUACCACUACUGGUGAAAUUGUUCUCUACUCUCUCAGUGUUAAGGUUGAAGAUGAUUGCAAUUUGGGAUCAGUGGAUGAUAUAGCUGCAGCUAUAUAUCAAAUGGUGAAUAGGAUUCAACAAGAACAAUGUUGAAUUAUAAGAUCCAACUUCAUUUGGUUUUUUAAUCUUAUAGCUUAUCUCUAUCUUUUUUCCUCUUACAAGAGAUGUGCCCAAUUAUUGCAAUGUUUGUUCAUCUUUUAUUAAUUAAUCUAUAAUAUUGUGGGCUCCUUUUAGGAUUUUUUUGGUUUA